UUAUUUCUUUACAGCUUUUGUAAAUGCAUAGAUCGCAAGAUGCGUCAGCUGCAAACGUCAUCUACCAUCCUAUAGUGCAUAAAACACACUAUAGCUAAAAAGCUAAAUAUACGUCCCCAUCCUGACAAUUCUCGCACUGUCCUUGCCUCCCGUUCUUUUUCCUGGAGGUAUGACCUUGAUAUUUGGUGUCGGUGUGGGAUUGUUUUCCAUCCUCACUCUGUGGGUACUGGUCGCACUAAUAUUCCUGAUAUCGUUGCGCAUCGAGAGGAAGAUUGGCUGGGUCUGUAUAAUCGCGAUACUGCUCGUAAGCGCAUUCACGUACAUCUUGCUCAAAGUGCCGCGCGCGUCAGAGAAGUCCGCUCCCACGGAUAGCAAGGUAUACGAUCGACUUUUUGUCUGGCGUAUAAUAAUUUUGAUUGUAUGUUUUAUCUCAUCUAUAAUUUCCGUUGUGGGAUAUAUCAAAUUUGGAUUGGUGGAAGUUGUUAGACCAGUUAGAAUAACCACCUGGGUUCUCUCUUUUGGGACCAUCUUCAGUAUACUUUAAAUGAAUAAUACAAGAACGAUAUUAUUGAAACACGGUACUCUUGUUCGCCAACAAGCAUGAAGACAUUUAAUUGUGCAAGACUUAAUUUAUAAAUGUAAAGUUCAUCUUCUCGCA